UCCGCUUCUCCCGAGUCCCGACCCCCAAAUCGAGUGUCCCUCGUCGGAGCUGCACUCCUCCCCCGCAUCCUUCCAUCCUCCUCUCCCCAGGCGUGUGCUACCUGUCGCCGGAGUGCAUUUCGAUCUGUCGAUAAUGGAGGUGUGCGCGACCAGGAGGUGGGGAGGGGAGGAGUCCAGCCACCGGCGCCGUCGUCCUCCUCGCGUGCCGGCGAUGUGCGGAGCCGCCGGACGCAGGUCACUCAGGUAAGGGAAAUCCUGUACUGCACGGCAAGUUUUAGCUUUUUACUACUCUCAAUAAUUUCCCCCACAUUCCAAUUCCUUUUCACUGAGAAACAAGAUUCCGUGGUGCAGAAAGAUUGAGCCAAUUUAAUCCAUAGUUGUUUGGUCCAUGGCUUGAAUGAUGUUCCCAUCCUAGUCCUACUCUUCUUCUUCCAGAAGAUCCAGGUUGUACAAUGCCUGCACCUAGUUGCCAUUGUUGAUUGUUGACCAGAAAGAAACCAGUUUGGCACGCGGCUGCAACUUGUUUGUAACUUUGAAUACGUCUUCUAGCAUGCAGAGCAACAUGAGUUUUAAUUACAUCGAAGCACCCAUGUCCUGAGAUGAAAAUGCCCUUCUCCAUUAUUCAAGAAACCAAAUAAAAAGCCUUCUCCACAGGCACCAUCCACAGCACCGCAACAUCCGAAACUCACAUCACUUCACAAUGCUGCUAGUGGCCUUCUCCAAUUAAUUACCAUUUCUGUUGUUCGAGGAAAAUAUCUUCCGCGGGUAAUUAGCAUGCAUGACUGCUACCUUUAGUUCCAGGGCAUGAUGCUUCUUGGCUGUGUUUAUCCACGCCGUAAAUUAACAGUCGUGUCAUGGAUGCCAAAAGCGUCACUUUCGCAGGAAAGACAAAUGGUAUUUUCUUAUUCUUCGUGAGAUCAAUCCAUCUCAACAUAUAGCAAAAUUUUUUUGCUUAUUUUUACAAUCGCAAUACAAAAUCGAGCAAUUUCAUAUACUGUUACAUGCCGGUUAUUUUCCAUUCUGGAUAUGUUCUUUUAUUUUUAGUUUUUAGCCCCCAAAAGCCCUGUUUCUCUGAUACAUUGGUGAUGUGAUUGGCAACAACUCAUUUAAAGGCUAGGCUAGAAAAGUCCACUAAUAGAGCUGGAAUUCUUUGCUUUCUCCCACUUAGAACAGUCCAGCCCGCCACAUGAAAGCAACCAACAAUUGUUCUACUCCGCUUUGCAAAUGGUCAAAAAAAAAAUCAAAUGGUCAAAUAAUGGAAUAGUCUUGCAGUUAUGGUAUGCUCAUCGGCUUCCUUGUGACUCCAUGGCCGUUCAUAUGUGGCUCCAAGCCCCAAGAAGACCGCACUCUGCAUAUCCUGUACAACCUGUUUGGGGCUUCUCUGCACCAAACAGCUACCUCCUCUUUGAUGAUUCGUAUACAUGAUAAUACCAUGCAGUCAUUACAUGUGUUGAUCAUCACUCUCUUGUUCCUAUUUGUUUACUCCCUCCACCAGUUUCCGUUUGCCCAUGCUUUAUCCAGCUCUAUCCCAACAAACACAAGUCUGCUGCAGUAUCCAGCCAUCAACUUGAGUGGAAACUCUAGUGCUCGCUUAUUCCUCCAGAGUAGAAGUUCCGACACCCUUGCUAGCUUUGGUUUCUACAGCACAGAUGGUUCUGUGUUUAUCCUUUGCGUCAUGAUGAGCUACUACGGUGGCUAUGGGGAUAGUAUUAUUGGCCAUCCCCAGGUUAUCUGGUCUGCGAACCGCAACUUCCCCGUAGGCAGGGAUGACAUCCUUUCUUUCACUGGGGCUGGUCAGUUAAUUCUUCAAAACAAUGUUGGCACCUUUGUCUGGUCCACACCGACAAAGGACGCCUCCGUAGUUGGUAUGCGCCUCGAUGGUUCUGGAAACCUCGUGCUUUUUGAUCAAAACAAUGUCUCUGUCUGGGAGUCCUUUGACUACCCAACAGAUACAUUGGUGAUCGGGCAGUUGCUAUGCGUGGGAGCUAAUCUCACUGCCAAUGAUUCAUUCACCAGUUGGGCAUCAGGUCAGAUCAAUCUUCAUACCUCAUCAAAUGGAUUGCAGUUUUAUUUUGGCUCUGCCGCGUACACACAAGUAUUCCAACCAACUUCUCUAGGCAAUGGGACAUCAGAUUGUUAUGCAUUUACCAAUGGCAGCUUUGGAUUUCCCAAACUGGUCUUCUCAUUGCCCCUUGCAAGGUCAUUUCAGUUCAUGCGGUUAGAGUUUGAUGGUCAUUUUCGUCUAUAUGAAAUGAAGGAGGCUGCCUUCCACGUGGUGUUCGAUGUGCUAAGCAAUGAAAUCAAGUUUUGUGAUUAUCCUCUAGCCUGUGGUGAAUACAGUGUUUGUAUAAAUGGGCAGUGUUGCUGUCCCAGCUCUCACUAUUUUAGACUCCAAGAUGAAUGGCGUCCAGAUAUGGGGUGUCUACCAUGGACUAAUCUGUCUUCUUGCAAUGACAUGCGCUAUCAUCAACUUGUACCUAUUAGCAACAUUUCUUACUUCAGUGAUGAUGCCUUCCAAUCAUUGGCUACUUCUGCUACAGAUGCGGACUGCAAGCAAUCUUGCUUAGAAGAGUGCUCUUGCAAAGUUGCAUUAUUUCAAUACGAUGACCAUGAUGGAAUUACUGGCUCUUGUUUGCAUUUAUCACAGGCCUCACUACUUUCUCAAACUACAAAUUCUUCUCAUCGUACUUCAGUAUUUUUCAAAAUACAGGGCACCAUGAAAAGAAGGACCAACAUUGCCAUUGGUUCUGCAGUUGGUAGUUUUGCUUUAUUUGCAACUGCCAUCUCCAUUUUCACUUGGAGAAAAUGUAAGAAAACGGAGGAGGAAGAAUGCUUCCUUGGAGGAAUACCUGGAGUACCAGCACGCUUCUCCUAUAACGAGCUGAAGAUAGCCACAAGGAACUUCUCGAUGAGGCUUGGAUCUGGAGGGUUUGGCUCUGUCUUCAAAGGUAAAAUAGGCAAGGAAACGAUAGCUGUCAAGCGCUUAGAAGGGGUCGAUCAAGGAAAGCAGGAGUUCUUAGCAGAAGUUGAGACCAUAGGAAGAAUUCAUCACAUUAAUCUUGUCAGGUUAAUUGGAUUUUGUGCUGAAAAAUCGAGCAGGCUACUUGUGUACGAGUAUAUGAGCAAUAGUUCAUUGGAUAAAUGGAUAUUCCAUGCACAUCCAGUUUUUACACUCUCAUGGAAGACAAGGUGUAAUAUCAUCAUGGGUAUUGCCAAGGGUCUGUCUUAUCUCCAUGAAGAAUGUGAACAAAGGAUUGCUCACCUAGACAUCAAGCCACAGAACAUUCUUCUGGAUGACAGGUUUAAUGCGAAGGUCUCGGAUUUUGGAUUAUCGAAAUUGAUAAGUAGGGACGAUAGCAAGAUCAUGACUCGGAUGCGAGGCACACGUGGAUAUCUUGCACCUGAGUGGCUAGGUUCGAAGAUCACCGAGAAGGUAGACAUCUACAGCUUUGGAAUUGUCAUAGUUGAAAUUAUAUGUGGGCGAAGGAACCUGGACGAAUCACAACCUGAAGAGCGAGUUCACCUAAUCAGUCUUCUGCAAGAAAAGGCUAGAUGUGGAAAGUUAUUCGAUUUGGUGGAUACGAGCAGCAACGACAUGCAAUUUCACAUGGAGGAGGUUAGAGAAAUGAUGGAGCUCGCAAUGUGGUGCUUACAGGUUGAUAGCAGCAAGAGGCCUCUGAUGUCAACAGUUGCCAAGGUGUUGGAAGGUGCGAUGACUUUAGAGGCCACACCUCACUAUGAUCUUGUUGCUAAUCAUGAACCAAAUCAGAGCGAUGUUGAGAUGCAAAUUUGCUCAUACCUGCCUUCGGCAACACAUCUGUCGGGACCUAGGUGACAGUUUCAUGCAGCCUUCCCAAAUACGCCAACAGCGUUGUUUAUGACUUCUAGUUUAUAUCAUGAGUCUAAUGUGUUGUAUAGGUGUCAACUCGCAAAGUUGCAUGUAGACUAGGAUUUCUCAAAUUGUUGUAUCGUUUCUUCUAUUUGUACCACUUAUUGUUUUUCAUGUAACAACCACGUUGUAUAAAUUCCUCCAUUUUCAU